GAGGCGCUGGAACCGCCUCGCUUUGCGCAGGGCGCCGCGCUCCUCCUCUGGCCCCCGUGGGCCGCCCCGCCCCGCCUCCCGUGCGGCCCCGCCCCACACACUCUCGCGGGCGGCCGCGCGGCUGCCGCCUCCCGCGCGUGGACAUGGCGCUCGACCCCGCAGAGCAGCAUCUCAGACACGUUGAAAAAGAUGUUUUGAUCCCUAAAAUAAUGAGAGAAAAGGCCCGAGAAAGAUGUUCUGAACAAGUUCAAGAUUUCACUAAGUGUUGCAAGGACUCUGGAGUCCUGAUGGUAGUAAAAUGCCGGAAGGAGAAUUCUGCACUGAAAGACUGUCUAACGUCUUACUAUAAAGAUCCAGCCUUUUAUGAAGAAUGCAAAAUGGAAUACCUGAAGGAAAGGGAGGAAUUCAGAAGAACUGGGAUUCCUACCAAGAAAAGGCUACAGAAGCUUCCCACAAGUAUGUAGAUACAAGGAAACUUUUCCCUUCAAGCUAAUUACGACUUACAGCAGCUUGUCUAGAGUUAUGAAGUGCUGAACUGGGUUAUCCUUAUAAAAACCUGGAGACUACGACUUCCCUGGUGGUGCAAAGGUUAAGACUUUGCCUUCCAAUGCAGGAGCUGGGAUCCAAUAUGUUUUGAGGCCGAAAAAACCAAGACAUACAACAAACGAUAUUGUAACAGAGACUUUAAAAAUGAGAAGAAGAAGAAAAAAAAAAAAAACAAACCCUGGAGAUUGAAGACAUUUUCAAGUGAAUCUUUUGGAGCAGGGGUCCCCAGCCUCUGGGAUCUGAGGCGGAGCUGAUGUAACAGUACAAAUAAAGAAAUAGAACGCACA